CGGAUGGGAAGCCGCAGGAUCACCCGCCUCGCGCCAACGCGGAGGUUGACGUCUUCGACCUGUUGCUAACUCCUCCGCCGGUACCGUCAUGGCUCGGACCGGCUCCGGCUCCCUCCUCGCCCGCCGCGACAUCAAGCUGGACUCCUUCCUGAAGCGGAACACGGAGCGGACGGUGUACGAGCGGAUCCGAGCGUGCGAGCCUUGUGUCGUGAUAUCGGAGAGCAUCAAUAAGGUGUACAUGCACGUGGUGCUGAGCGACGACCGCGUGUACCUGACCGAGUACCCGCCGCGCACGCUCACCGCAGCCUUCAGCUUCAGGCGCGUGCGGGACAUCGAGCUGGUCAAUGACCUCCCAGAUUUCCUCCGUGGGAAGGACAGGGAGCUCUGCCAGCACAUACGGAUCACCUAUGUCACUGAAAAGCCUGCCAGGAGGGGACGUGAUUGGCUGAGGAGAAACCACAGGGCGGGACUUCCUCGUGCAGUCCAGCCCUCUCGCAGAACCAGCCACUGCCCAGUAAUAACACACACCCUAGAAGGAUAUCCUGUACACAGUGAAAGGGGGGCAGAGGAGCUCCACCUGUCAGAGCCCACACGUUCUGCCUCCUGUCCGAACCCAGAGGCUCUGGGCCUCCUGAGGAUCCCGCACCCUCCCACCCGGCCUCCCUCCACACCACCCUACUCCCCAACCAGCCCCCCCACCUCUCCUCUGUCACCCUCCAAUCACAGACUGAACACCCCUGAGCCAGGCCAGGUGCCGACGAGGAUCGGUUCAGUUCUGUCGCGCCUGUUGAGAAGAGCCUGCGUGAACAGCAGAGAGGAGAGGGAGGCCGAGCUGCAUCUUUACGCCGUUUCACACACGUCCAGACUUUACCUGCAUCUGCAGAGCUCGUGGAACAGUUUCAUUAUCAGGUCCACUCUGUUGUUAGACCCAGUCUACAGAGGCAGGUGCAGAGCUUCGUCUGACUCCCCUCCUGGAAAGAGACUUCCUGCCAUCAGCUGGGAGCGGACAGCACACCUCUUUGCGCAGCUGAGCUCUGAGCUCCUGCAGGAGGGCAUCAGCGUGGAGAGUCUCUACCUGCUGCUGCAGGAGCUGAGAACCGCUGCUCACCGUAACGUCGCCCUGCGCAGACUCUUCUGGAGGUCCGGUGAGGUUUGUGUCUUCCUGGUUCAGACUCUGGAGGAAUCUCUCCACGGCUGUCAGAGCCUCAGCGGAGUCUACACGGCAGAUCAGCUACUACUGAGCACCCUCGUCGUCCAGACGCUCGCCGUCAUGUUCAGAGAGACGGAGGUGGAACCAGCCAGACUCAACCUGCUCUCUGCCAAAAAAGGUGCCCUGGCCUCCAGAAUGCUGCUUGCCUUGAUUUGUGAUCCAGAGCUACAAACACAAAACCAAGGAUCUCCAAUAGACCGAGAGGUGAGCUGCGCUCUUCUCUGUCUCUGUGAUCAGGCCUUACUGGCUGAGUAUCUGGACGCUGCCUGCUCUUUGCUGUUCGAGCUGCUGCUUUUAGGCCACAACGCCAGCAGAUGUUCCCCUGCUGACAACUUCCUGUCUGUUGGCUGGAUCCUCCGAGUCCUGCAGCCUCAUCCUCACCUGACGUCCUUCAUUGGUCACCAGGCCCAGCAGGUGGUGCUGGUUUUGUCAGACCUGCAGGAGCCGUUCCUGAGUCCCGCUCAGUCUGUUCUGCUGUUCCAGCGCUGUCGCCUCCUGCUGGCCUGCCUGCAGUACAACAACCAGCUGGCACAGCACCUCCGAGCCCACUUCAGGGAGGAGUUCAGGUACUUUGUGAAGCUGUCGUGUGCUGAGGAGAAGCUGCCGCCUCACCACCCGAUCAGCCAGCCCACUCUACGGCUGGUCGGGCAGAUCCUGACCCUGCUCAGAUGAUGGCACACAAACACACCUGCUCAUACCUGGAAAUAGGACUGUGACGGCAUGUGCCUUUACUGAGGUCCGAGUGCCGUUGUACUUUGAGCUGCAUACUGAUUUUUUUCCCCCCAGCUUUCAUGAGCGUUGAUGUACCAGGUUCUUGUACUGAAGGACUUCUGCAUGUGAAUAAAACCAGUUCUCAUGUCUGAAUGAACAUUUCGUUGAAUGAGCUUCUGCUGUUUUGUUUGUUUUGGUUCUGGUUGGCCCCCAGAGAGGACAAACCAGACCAAAAAACACCC